AGGGAAGUCGGUAACGUGCGGCGAAAAUUCAUAUUUCUAAUAUUUGCAAGGAUUAUUACAACAUAAGAUGCAGAACGUAAUAAACACAGUUAAAGGAACUGCCUUGGGCGUAGCAGAAUAUCUGACACCUGUACUGAAGGAAUCCAAGUUCAGGGAAACUGGAGUGUUGACUCCUGAAGAAUUUGUGGCUGCUGGAGACCAUUUAGUACACCAUUGUCCAACAUGGCAGUGGGCUACAGGUGAUGAAGGCCGAGCCAAAUCAUAUCUGCCACGGAAUAAACAGUUUCUUAUUACACGCAAUGUUCCAUGUCCUCGAAGAUGUAAACAGAUGGAAUAUUGUGAUGAUCAAGAAAAAAUUAUAGAAGCUGAUGACCCCGAUGGAGGCUGGGUAGAUACUCACCACUUUGACACAGGUGCUUCAGGAUUAGAUGAUAAAUUUUCUGAAAUGACCUUGGAGUCAAAGAUUGAACUUUCCAACAAUGUAGACAAUGGUAAAGAUGAUGAUGAUGAUGAUGAAGAAGAAGAAGAAGAAGCUGCAGACAUGGAAGAGUUUGAAGAGAGUGGACUACUUGAUGAACAGGAUAAGGCAACUCUGGAUACUCUGCAAAAUACUGAAAAGGCAGUUGGAGACACUUCAAAUCAAGUUGGAGGAGAAAUCAUACACACAAGGACUUACGACCUCCACAUUACUUAUGAUAAAUAUUAUCAGACACCUCGCCUAUGGCUGUUUGGAUAUAAUGAGAAUCGAAAACAUCUAACUGUAGAACAGAUGUAUGAAGAUGUAAGCCAAGACCAUGCCAAGAAGACAGUGACAAUGGAGACACAUCCUCACCUUCCUGGACCUCCUAUGGCUUCUGUUCAUCCAUGCAAGCAUGCAGAAGUAAUGAAGAAGAUCAUCCAAACUGUUACUGAAGGAGGUGGUGAGCUGGGAGUCCACAUGUACCUAAUCAUUUUUCUGAAAUUUGUACAAGCAGUAAUCCCAACAAUAGAACAUGAUUUUACUCAGAAUUUCACAAUGUGAUUCAAAACAGGAAAAUUUGCUCUCCUUUGUUCAUUCAUUACUUUGCGGGAAGCCUGAUGCAUUAAAAUGGCUACAAACUGAGAUGGCAAAUAUGCAUAAGCAUUCCAUGUCAUCAUAACUUGCCUUUUUGCUUCAGCUCAUGAGAAGUAGCAAACUGUGUUUAAAAAACCAUGCAAGUUUGCUUGAUUUUUGAUAGGUUUAUGUGUGAUAAACCUCAGAUGAACUGUUGUGUAUUUCUGUUGUGAUUACAUUACUACAUUAUAGCACAGCAACAGUAAGAUGCUGGAUGUAAUAUACUUAAGCUUGCACGCUAUGCUAUUAAUGUAAGAGUACUUCUCUUUUACUUCUGUUUAAUGACUCUACAGCAGUAGAUAUACUGACCUUGUUAAUCUGAUAUCAAGUACAAGCCUAAUAAUUGCUUUGCAAAGCAAUCACAAACUAAAAUAUAAAAGAUAGUGAACUACACUGUAAUGUGUAAUGCUUGACUUGACACAUUGCACAGUGUGCUUGAUUCCCUUCCCUCAAAGUGUUGUUUCACCAAUUACUAAAAUGUAAUUUGAAAGUAGCAUGUUAUGAACACUUCAAAAUAAAAUAACAGCAAAUAUUCUGUAAUACCCGAUGCAUUGAAGUCCCUAACUUUGGUCAUGAGAAAUAAUAAACCUUGACUUUUUAUCAUCUGUCUGAAUGUAUGUGAAAAUGUGAAGCUAAAGGAACAGAAAAUGCAAUACGUAACUCUGUUAAACAUUAAGAAAGUUAUGACUAUUGUUAUAACAUGUAUGGGAAAGUGGCAAGCCUGGAAGCAGGUCAUAUUGAAGAAGAGGUGUUCAUGUGAGCAUUAAUGACAUCAAAGCAAUGCUGAGACAUUUUUAAUACACUGCUUUCUUUGAAAAUGAAUUUUCAAGUAAAUUUUAAAGAACAGUAAUUUUGGUAAAGUGGGAAGACUGAAUGUUUCCAUAUAACACCCCACCCCCACCCCCAUCUAUUUGCAGUCAACAUUUACCUUACAGCGUUGUACCUGAGCAUUGAGAAUUUCCUUUGUGGUUUAAUUUAUUUUGGUGCACAACCUGACUAAUUGUACUAGCAAAUAAAGGUUAUUACACAUA